UCUUCUGUCAUCUACUCAUCUAUAUCCUUUUCUUAAACCCUGAACCCUAAUUCACGCCCCUCUCACUCUCCUCCAUUUUUUUUCUUCUCUCUUCUCAAAUAAACAACAACAAUGAGACCUCCGAGAGGCGGCGGUAGCUUCAGGGGCGCUCGCGGCGGCGGUGGUCGAGGCGACCGCGGUGGUCGCGGAGGUCGCGGAGGCUUCGGCGGUCGCGGUGGUGGUUUUGGCGGUCGUGGUGGUGGUGGUUUUCGCGACGAAGGUCCACCUUCAGAAGUCGUCGAAAUAUCGACGUUUGUUCAUGCGUGUGAGGGAGAAGCAGUUACAAAAUUGACGCAUGAGAAAAUUCCUUACUUUAAUGCUCCUAUUUACCUGCAAAAUAAGACUCAGAUUGGCAAAGUUGAAGAAAUUUUUGGUCCAAUUAAUGAAUCUUUUUUUUCUGUGAAAAUGAUGGAAGGAAUAGUUGCAACUUCAUAUGCUCCAGGGGAUAAAUUCUACAUUGACCCUGCAAAGCUCUUGCCUUUGGCUAGAUUUCUUCCACAGCCUAAGGGAGCUUCAAGAGGAGGUAGUCGUGGUGGUGGUUUUGGAGGCAGGGGUGGUCGUGGUGGUGGUUUUGGAGGAAGAGGUGGUGGCUUUAGAGGAAGAGGUGGCCCAAGCCGCGGGAGAGGUCCUCCAAGAGGAGGUCGUGGUGGUUUUAGGGGGGGCAGAGGAGGAAGAUUUUAGACUGCUGGUGUCUUAAAGUUCCAGGAUUUGUCUUUCAUGUGCUUGUAUUUGGUAUUCGUAAAAAGCUCUGAAUGCUGAUAUGUAGUUGAAUUUUGUUAGUGGAUUCCCUUGUUUUCUAUUAGCAUUUGCAUUGUGGUGCCUUCUAGCCUUAUUUGAUGUGUAUGAUUGCCUACUACCGUAGUGUUAUCACGCGACUAUGGUGGAGUAUGAAAAUAUUUUCAACGAAUUA